AUGCCUGUCACACGUUUAAGGAUGAGACCCUGGCUUGAGAAACAGAUUGCAUCCAAUACAAUUCCUGGUCUUUCAUGGCUAAACAAGGAAGAGAUGAUAUUUCAGAUCCCGUGGAAGCAUGCCGCCCGGCACGGCUGGAAUAUUGACAAAGAUGCUUGUCUUUUCCGCAGUUGGGCUAUUCACACAGGAAAGUUUAAACUUGGUGAGAAGGAGCCCGACCCUAAGACUUGGAAAGCUAAUUUCCGCUGUGCCAUGAAUUCUCUACCUGAUAUUAAAGAAGUGAAAAAUAAAAGCAUUUACAAAGGCUCCAGUGCAGUACGGGUGUACCAAAUGCUACCAGCUCAAGUAAAAUUGGAGAAAAAAGAACGCAAGUCAAAGUCCUCAAAAAUUUCCAAGGACAGAACAAAGAGUAAGGCUGAUGGUUCAUUUACAGAAGAGGUGGAGGAAGCUGUGAAACACUGUCAGCAACCAGAUGACCACAGCGACUACACAACAAGGCUGUUCUCAGCACAGGAAAUUGACAUUGCAAGCACAGACAUCAUAGCAGCCAUGAGUGAGUGUGAAGUUAGCAGCAGUAUAUCAGAUUGGAAGGAUACAAUGGACAUGCCCAUGCCUGACAGCACAAGCGAUAUGUACCCUUUCCAGGUGUCACCUAUGACCUCGGGCUCUGAAGAGGAUGAGGACAUGUUAACCAUAAAUGAGGAGCUUUUAAAUAUCUUGGCACCAGUUACAAUUACAGAAUGGCAACAGAUAAAUGUAGAUGGCAAGGGGUAUUACACCAAUGACUCUGCAGCACCAAGCACUUUGCUGCAGGACCUCAGCUCCAUGCUAGACGACAUGAGCAGUGUGUCAGGUGACAUUGAAGUCCGAGUCACUACAGACAUGAGACCUGCGAUUGAGUCCAGUUGGCACGAGAUGCAUUCUAUAACCUGCACAUUAUGAGCAUUACCUAGUGUCAUCAAAGACUGUUGAUUGUAUGAGAUGCACGUCCUAUGAAGAUGUUUUGUGCCUUCACCUUAAAUGUAUCAUGUGUCAAAAUUGGGCAGGGCCUGUUUCUUUAGUGUAAAUGGAGAUAUUGAGAGGUGAGGAACAGAUGCCCUUCCUGUGCAAAAACACACGUACAGCAGGGACUGGUUAUAUGCAAACCUGCAUUUGAAGGUGAGGCUGGAUGUGCCCAAAUCUGUGUUUGAUAGGAAGCACUUGACAGAAAAGAAUGAAGAGAGUUUAGUCUGGACAUAUGCAGUGGAAAUAUGCAAUUCAAUAACAUUUCACCACAUUAUUCCUGAAUGUCAAGAACUACUAGUACUGGGAUUUUAUUUCAGCUGUGGACUAAAGUGGACACGUGUCACCUAAUCGAAGUCUCAGCGUUCAUCCAUUACUGCAGUGUUUACACACUGAACUUUGUGAUCACUAUACACAUUCUCAUCCCAUGUUUUGUGCUUGUUCUACCAUCUAUAGUAAAACCAUUCAAAGCGAUGCAGUUUUAUUCAGUUGGCAAUUAGUCACAACAGCCACAGUCAUACAGACUUACAAGUAUGCGGAAGAAUAUGAUCAAUAUACAUCAUAAUCUAGAAGUGUAAACAAUCACAAAUACUUCUGAAGUAUCCUCAUAAGGAAGUACAGUUUGUUUAACGUAAUCAGUUCUCAAGAUUCCUUCUAAGUGAAAGUUAUUAUGUACGAUAUGGAACAGUCAUUAGCUGCCAUUGUUUUUAUAGAAAAGGACAUUGCUCUUUCAUGUUUGUACUGUUUAACCUAAGCUGAACACUGUAAAGAAUAUUCCCUUUGGUUUGCACAAUUUAAAAAAAGUUAUGUAUAAAGACAGUUCACCUUUUCAAAGGCGUUCCUUUAGGUCUAGACUUUUGAUAUCAUAUAACAUUUCACAUUGUUUCUAAGUGGGGCUAAAAAUCUAUAGGAAUGGCUGAGCUCAAUUGAGAAGAUCCAUAUAGCCUGCCGUGUUAGUAGGUAGAUAUACAGUUGGUAUUUGAGAAACGGGUAUGCCACAGGGUUUGUACUAUUACAAAAUGUAGAGUAAGGGGUACAUUAACUAAUAGGCCCUACACACUGGGCGAUAGUAGUGAAAGAUAUGUACGAUCUUGUUCAUUAAUAAAUGAGAUACUGUUCAUAUCUUUCAGUGUGGAGGCACCAACGAUGUACGAUGCGCGGCCCCGCAUGUGCAUGCAGGUCGCUUGUGCAUGCAGGUCAAUAUGGACGAUCUCGUCCAUAUUUGUCUGCACUGCUAUGGAGCCGGGUGACUGGGGGAGUGAAGAAACUUCACUCCCUCCUGUCACUGCCCCCCCCCCCCCCACCUUCCACCGCCGGGUUGCCCGUCGGCUGUAUCCGCCGUCGGGCAGCUCGGUGGCAGAUUGCGCAGUGUGUAGGGCCCUUAAAGCUUCUAAAACGGAGAUUGUUGCUGUUACCCAUAGCAACCAAUCAAAUGCUGUCUAUCAUUUCUCUGUUGCCUUUUAGAAAAUUAUAGACAGCAUCUGAUUGGUUGCUACAGGCAACAUCACCAAUUCUGCUUUAGAAGCUUUAGUCAAUUUACCCCAAUGAAUCCUCUAUAAAGGGCAGAAUUCUCAAACAGAAACUUGAUAAGAUUAUUCACAAGUUAAAAUAUAUGUUUAAUAAAUCUAAUUAUUAAUUGCAGUUAUUAAGCCUAAUUGUAGUUUUUGUGACCGGAAAACAAUAGAUAUUCAUUAAAUCUAUUAUGUUCCAAAUUGCUUUUUAAAAUCUAUAAUUGCUGAAAAUAUUUGUUGUCUAGAGAGUUCUGCCCACUCCAUUUAGAUUUUAUACUAAGAAUUCUAUUCAGACCUGGACGCAGCUGCAUGUUCGCACACAGUGGUCGCAUCCAGGGGGUCUGCACACGCGCACUGGUCAUAGUGCGUGUGUGCGACCCUUCACCAAGGCGAUUGACAGCGACGGCUGCCCAGGGGGGGCUUUACUGCGGUGCUUUGUGGGCGCGGUCUGGACCGUUUUCGGGGUGGCUGCAAAAAUGGUGCUGACCCACCUGCCAGCGCAGCCGAGCUGCGCAGGCAGGGGUCAACCUUAAAUCGAUGCUUCCACAAUUAAAAAGCGGGGUGGCACCACACACAUGCUUGGCGACCUUGCCCUGUGAUAGGCGGCCCCUAGCAUGCGAGCAGAUGGACGCAGAUCUUGCUGCGGUAAGUAAGAUCUGCGUCCAUCUCUGAGUAAACCCCUAAUUCCAACAGAGUUAAGACCCCUAACUUGGUACAAUAUUUGUGCCUAUAUAAUAUCUAUUUUCAUUGAAAGGAAAUGUAGUAUUGUAUUAUAAAUAAUUUUUUUAAAUAAAUUAAAAUGUUAAAAGGGAAGGUGCUGAAUGCAGAUGUUUAUUGUCACAAAACAGGAGAGUUCCACUAGUAAAAUAACAAUGGUUUUCAGCUGUGUUUUUAUGAUGGCACAUGUACGAGAACUUGUCCGUAAGGUUAUCUAGAGCAAAUUUGCACAUCCUGUAGAUCUGAUCCCCAAGUUGAGCCACAGAUCUACGUUUUGAGUCCCCUGAUCGGUAUGUAAUACAUACUAUUUGGAACUUGACACACUAGAACUUAGGGAUUCCAGCUAAAUGAAAAUUGAACACCACCACUGAGCUGAACAAGAAAAUGAUGUUCAUAUGUACAUAUGUGAAUAUAUCUUGCAGCAUAUAAACUGCACUUUUGUUUAUGUUUGUAAAUAAUAUUUUUUUAUGAAAACUUGUGUUGAAAUAAAAUGUUUACACACAUAUAUAAAUAUAA